AUGCCAUACAGGCUACUCGUCACAAACGUCCCUCUGCGGGUGGGGGAGGAGGAAUUCUACGACUAUGUGCGUGCCCACGUCGGCGGCGAGGCGGUGGUGAAUGCGCUUCUUAUCAUGCGACCAGACAACACGGAGGCAUCACCGCACAUGUCAUCUUCUGGGGCUGCGCUGGUGGAUUACUCCAUGAAGAGUGCGGCCGAUGCGGCAAGACGCGUGGACUUCUUCGUGGACGGUGCAUCUGUCAUGAUGAAGGCGGUUGGCUCCGUUCCGGCACCGGGGCGGCACGCCGAAAUGUUGGCUGAAGAAGGACGCGAGGCCUACCAGCGGCUUCGGUGUGGUGUGUCUCAUGCAGAUCGUCGUGCCAUACGCGGUGAUACAGCAGCGAGGCAGAAACGCCGGCGCGGGGACGACAAUGCCGUUGCCCCUCAGGCUGUUGACAGAAGUACGGAGGACACGAGCAUCAAGGGCAACCGGGACGAUGAGGAGGUUGAGCUCCUCCUCGUUGGGGUGCCGCAUGAUGUGUACGGGUCCAUCUUUGGCGAGGGCCUUGCGGGCGCGGGGGCUCAGUUGACAUGUCAACCCACAUUCGAUCUUUUUGCCGACGUCGCCCUCAGUGUUCGCCGCGCGACGCUUGGAGAGCUUCUUUCGCUGCGCCGCAUCACGGACGACGAGGCGCUUAUUCGAGUCUCCGCGGACACGGCAGAGGCACUGCUGGAGAGGGCGGCGAAUGGCCUUCAGCUCCUCAUCCAGCCCACCACCACUACGGAUGAAGCCAAAGAACCUGCUAAAGCUCCCUGUGACAAAUACCUCCUCUCCGUACGCCAGCCUCGGCCCUGCGUGCACAUCACCGGUGAUAGCUUUGAGUUAGCUACGAAGCAUGAGGUGGUGGGUGCCAUGGCGCGCAUCAUGGAAGUCACCAACGCGAAGGUCGCUGGAUUUAUGGACCCCUUCGGCAAUUUCCUGCUUCCCUCUGUUAAAUGA